UGUUGGAAGUUGUAGUUGGAGAGGUUCCGUGAAGGUUCCGGGUAACGCCUUCUGGUCCGGGGGUGGUCGGUGGUAGCACCGCUUGAGUGUGAAGUGGAGAAAUUGGCGACAAGGAGACUACUGCGAGGCCUGAAAGACUGCGCAGCCGGGCAGAAGACGGGGCUUGGGGUUGGCGGAUAUCCAGGCAUAAUGUCUGAUAUGUCCCUGGGAACAUGACCGCUCCGAGACCGAGGCAGGACCUCACUAGACCCAUCCAGUGAGCCUCGUCUUGGCGGGGCCUAAUUUCCAGCAGUUGGCUAGGCCUCACCAGAGCCUCAUUGCUGUGUGGCUGCUAUUCCUGGACGAGGAGAUGGCGUCCCCGAGCCCACUGCUGGAGCCAAAGGAGGAGUGGGAUUAUCUGGAUCCAACUCGGAGAAGCCUGUAUAAAGAUGUCAUGAUGGACAGUUAUGGAAACAUGGUCUCACUGGAUGUUCUAAGCAAAAAUAAAGAUGAAGAGCCAACUGUGAAAGAAGAAAUUGAGGAAGACAUAGAACCACCAGGUGUAAUAGUAACAAGAAUCAAAAGUGAAAUUGACCAGGAUCCUAUAGCUACAGAAACCUUUGAACUUGUUGGUAGGUUAGAUAAACAAAGAGGGAUCUUCUUAUGGGAAAUACCACGUGAAUCUUUGACCCAGGAACAGAAAAUGUUCAGAGGGCAUGCUAAUGUUCGUAAGAGACCAAACUCAGAAGAGAAGUGUCAUAAGUGUGAAGAAUGUGGAAAGGGUUUUGCCCGCAAAGCCCAUUUCAUUCAGCAUCAAAGGGUCCAUACUGGGGAGAAACCUUUUCAGUGCAAUGAGUGUGGGAAAAGCUUUAGUCGAAGUUCAUUUGUUAUUGAACAUCAGAGAAUUCACACUGGAGAACGGCCCUACGAGUGUAAUUACUGUGGGAAAACCUUUAGUGUGAGCUCUACUCUUAUUAGACAUCAGAGAAUCCACACCGGAGAAAGGCCUUACCAGUGUAAUCAGUGUAAACAGAGCUUUAGCCAGAGAAGGAGCCUGGUUAAACAUCAAAGGAUUCACACAGGUGAGAAGCCCCAUAAAUGUAGUGACUGUGGAAAAGCCUUCAGCUGGAAAUCACAUCUUAUUGAGCAUCAGAGAACACACACUGGUGAGAAACCGUAUCACUGUACCAAAUGCAAGAAAAGUUUUAGUCGAAACUCAUUGCUUGUUGAACACCAGAGAAUUCAUACUGGAGAAAGACCUCAUAAAUGUGGUGAAUGUGGGAAAGCUUUUAGAUUAAGUACAUACCUCAUACAACACCAAAAAAUCCACACUGGUGAGAAGCCUUUUCUCUGUAUUGAAUGUGGAAAAAGCUUCAGUCGGAGCUCAUUCCUUAUUGAACAUCAGAGGAUCCAUACUGGUGAACGUCCUUAUCAGUGCAAAGAGUGCGGCAAGAGUUUCAGUCAGCUUUGCAACCUUACUCGUCAUCAGAGAAUUCACACAGGAGAUAAACCCCACAAAUGUGAGGAGUGUGGAAAAGCCUUCAGUAGAAGCUCAGGACUUAUUCAGCAUCAGAGAAUACACAUCAGGGAAAAGACUUCUCUGUACAACGAAACUAAGGAAAGUUUUGAUCCUAAUUGCAGUCUUGUUGUACAGCAGGAAGUCUGCCCAAAGGAAAAAUCUUACAAAUGCGAUGAAUGUGGGAAAACGUUUAGUGUUAGUGCUCAUCUUGUACAACAUCAAAGGACCCACACCGGUGAAAAGCCCUACCUGUGUACUGUCUGUGGGAAAAGCUUCAGUCGGAGCUCAUUUCUUAUUGAACAUCAGAGGAUUCACACUGGUGAGAGACCUUAUUUGUGCAGACAGUGUGGCAAAAGUUUUAGCCAACUUUGUAAUCUUAUUCGACAUCAGGGUGUUCACACUGGUAAUAAACCCCAUAAAUGUGAGGAAUGUGGGAAAGCCUUUAGCAGGAACUCAGGUCUUAUUCAACACCAGAGAAUACAUACAGGAGAGAAACCUUACAGGUGUGAAAAAUGUGACAAAAGUUUUAGUCAACAACGCAGCCUUGUCAACCAUCAGAAGAUCCAUACAGAGGUGAAAAAACAAGAAAUUUAUGAAUGUGAUGCUUGUGGUGAAGCCUUUAACUGUCAGAUUUCUCUAAUUCAGCAUCAAAAAUUGCAUAUUAUGUGGAUGCAAUAAAAAUAGAGACACUCAUAUACCUGAGUUUGAGACUAGCUACCCAAGUGCAGUUUUAGUAUGGCCCCAAUGUGGGUCAAAUUUACUGAUAAAGCAAUUUCUCAUUGGCCUUCUUCAAGUAGUUCUAAAGGUCCUAUGAAUAGUGGACAGUGUCUGUGGGAGACUGAAUUAUGAUUACUCUGUUUUCAUAGCCACAGAGAUUUAUUGAUUAAGCCUCUAACCUUUCAGUGGAGUUGACUUGGCAAAGCAUAGGAGAAAUGUUAUGAAGGACCAAGUAAUGUUAAUACAAGGAAACUAGGAGCAACUGAUGGAGAGCUGGAAAUAAUUCAGAAAGUCUGGUUACCAUCACCUAUAGUUGUCUUUCAGUUCCGAUUAAACAGGUCAAACCCCAGUGAUGAAGCAGAUGUAAUUUGUGAAAGUCCAGAUAUUUUCAAAGAUAUUUAGACAGUGUUUAUCACUGUCUAAAAAGUUGUGUAGAAAAUUAGUUUGUGAAAGGUGAGAGCUUCCCCAGCUUCCCAGGUUGAUAAAAUGAGUGAAUCAAAUUGUAAAGGUUUUUGUAGGUAAUUAAACCAAUAAAGGUGUUACCAAGCAAUCUUUGGGAGACUCUCCCUGACCCCAAAAUGGGACCCAAAAGAUAGAAAGUUACUGAUUUAUUUUGUGCUGUCCCAUCUGUGAAACCUGUUUGUAAUACUGUAUCAAUAUGUUUAUUCCUGAAUUAUCAGGAACAUGUGAAAGUGUACAUAUUUUGAUUACUAAGAAUUGGAAAUAAAAAAGACCUAAAGUAUAUGCUAGAAAGCUGA